AUGGGAGUAGUCGACAUUUUUCCUCUCGAUCAAACGCCCGAGUGCACACUCGCUGUCGAUCCCGCCUACAAAAUGGCGCGCACGGAAAGCGCAUGCCGGCUGAAGCUUCUUCGUGCCGACGUGUCUGCCGAGUUGUUGCCUGCCGGCUGUUCCGCCAGCGACUUGCUGCCGGCCGUGAACGUCAAAGAGAAAAUCGAAGUUAACGGUGAAUCUCGACUUGUCCAAAAGAAGAAGACCAUUUACCCCGAAUGGGAGAAGUGCUGGGAUACGGCGGUGACAGAAGGUCGCAUCUUGCAGAUAGUGCUCAUGUACAACCAAACGCCUGUCGUUGAAGCAACCAUGCGAUUAGAGUUUAUUUCAUGGGGACCACUCGAGGAGCUCACGAUAUACGAAGAUAAGUACUAA